AUGGCUACUACAAGCUGCUGGUUCUUGGCGUUCGUCUGGGCAGUAUGGUGGCUGCCGCUGAUGCUCGCCGUGCCUGAGGAGCAGCAAGGGGAUGGCUGCUCGGCCAAGAGGUGCGGCAACCUCACAGUCUCCGAUCCAUUCUGGCUCCCUGACUGGGAGGCGGGAAGAUCAUGUGGUCCCUUGGAUUUUGAGGUCGGUUGCUUCCAUGACAACAUUCCAUUUCUCCGGAGCUCUGGAUUCGAUGGAUACAGUGGCUUUUCAAUCAUGAAUAUCUCCUACGAGGAACGCAAUUUGCGUGUCGUUGAUCUACACAAAAAGAGCGACUUCAACGUCCCCAACGCCUGCAAUUUCCCGAGAUUGAACACCUCCAGCAAGCUGGCACUGCCUUUUAAGGUCAACAACUCCAACCCGAAUCUCAUCUUCUACAACUGCACCAAGGCAGCGGCUAAUCCGGACUGGGCGAUGGUGGAGUUGACAUGCUUGGACGCGACCAACGCGUAUGUUCGCGCGGGAGUGCGCCACGACGCGACCGGGGCCUACGCAGGCUACGCUUUGGAGGGCUGCGAUGCGAUCGUCGUGCCGGUGGUGAGCUCGGCUGGCUCGGCGAACGCGAGCAACUACGAGCAGCUCAUCCAAGAUGGCUUCCUCCUGACAUGGGAUCCUGUAACAGACCCGAUCUAGGGAGGGAGUAGGAGAGGAUGAUUGGCAGGGAAGGGGAUCUGAGAGAAGGAGAAAGGAGGCCGAUAAGAGAAGAACAGCUUCUCGAUCUGUUUUGAUGCUAGUUCAUUCAUAACCCGCGCUCACACAGCCGUGAGGCUUAAGUACAACGCGGCCGCAGCCCACCCACUCACACCUACUACCCUGCCAUCUCGGGUCCACCUGUAAGCGCACUGCUUCCCUUCUCCUCCACGUUCUCCCUGGCUUGUGGCCCCAUCUCGUCAGCGCCCUGUAGAGGCUGCGGGGUCGCCAUGUCAGUCGUGACAUUCACCCCUCCUUGAGUGCCGCCUUGACCCGAAGGCGGAGUGGCAGGGAACUGUUGUUGCAGACGAGCGGGAUCUUCCCAGGUUGCCAACGAUGCUGGCAGUCCUUCCCAAUGGAUCAACAGGCGAGUGUUCUCCUUGUUCGCCAUUCUGACUUGCUUGGUGGCGAGAACAGCUAUUGGCACAUGCUCCGCCUGCAAGAUCUCGUUAGUAGGGGGUAAGUCUGGGUUUGCUUGUACCUCAGCGCCUUCUGCGUUCUUCAGUAGGGAGACGUGCACCACCGGGUGGAUUUUACUUGUGGAUGGAAGAUCCAGCUUGUAGGCGACAGCCCCCACCUUUGCAAUGAUCUUGUACGGGCCGUAAUACCUGAAGGCGAGCUUCUGAAACGGUCGUUGAGCGAUCGAUGUUUGAAUGAACGGCUGUAGUUUGAGCAACGCUGAAUCCCCGACUUCGAACGAACGCUCAGUUCGGUGUCGGUCGGCCUGUGCUUUCAUGCGAUCCUGCGCCUUUUUCAGCUGUUGUUGCAAAUGCUCCAUCAUAAUCUCCCUCUCUCGCAGCCACGCUGCUAAGUCUGGAACCGAGCAGUUGUCGACUUGCGACACACCGAACUCGCGAGGCAGGUGACCAUAUAUGACUUCAAAUGGGGUUCUGCCCAGUGAUGAGUGAAAGGAGGUAUUGUACCAGAAUUCCGCUAGCGCUAACCAUUUCGCCCAGUUGGCCGGGCAUGCGUGAACCGCACAUCGCAGAUAAGUCUCUAGGCAUUGGUUCACUCGCUCCGUCUGCCCAUCCGUCUGCGGAUGGUAAGAAGAACUCAUGCGCAACUCGGUGCGACACAGCUUGAACAGCUCCUGCCAGACAUUGCUCGUAAACACUCUGUCCCUGUCAGAUAUAAUAGCCAGUGGCAGCCCAUGCAGACGGAAUAUCUUUCUCAUGAACAGCUUGGCCACUUGAAGAGCUGUGUAUGGAUGUGUCAUGGGUAUGAAGUGGGCGUACUUCGAGAACUUGUCGACCACCACUAAGAUCACGUCAUAUCCGCAGGACUUGGGCAAACCUUCAAUGAAAUCGAGCGACACGAUCGCCCAUGGUUUCUGCGGGAUCGACAAUGGUUGAAGAAGGCCUGCCUGGGACGUCCUCUCCGUCUUUGCUUGCUGACACACCAGACAAUUCCUGACCGUGUGUUUGACCUGCUGCUUUAGUCCCUUCCAAGCAAACAUCCGUUUGAUGCGAUUGUAAGUUGCAUAAAAUCCACAGUGGCCUCCAGCCGCGCUCGAGUGCAGCGAGUUGAUCAGGUGCUGCCGUAUCUGCUUGUCUUCUCCAAUCCAGAUUCUGCCUUGGAAGCGAAGGACCCCGUCCUGUGCUGUGAACUCUGGUUCGCUGGCCGGGUCCAGGGCUAAGAUGGUUAGCUUCUUUGUUGCGUUGGGAUCAUCUUUGUAGCUGUUUUUGACUGCUUCUAACCGAGCUGGUUUGCACACUGCCAAUGCCACAAACUCGCUUUCAUCAGCGUGGUCGCGUCGAGACAGCGCGUCCGCGGCACGGUUUGCCAACCCAGCUUUGUAUUGGUUGACGUACUGCAGCCCCACUAGUUUAGUGAACGCGCGCUGCUGAAUCGGGGUGUGCAAUCUCUGAUCUGUUAGAUGCAGCAAACUUUUCUGGUCCGUCCUCACCACAAAUUCUGCGUGUUGGAGGUAUGGUCUCCAUCUGUCAACUGCCAGGAGCAAUGCCAGGCACUCCUUCUCGUAAGCUGAGAGCCCUAGAUUGCGCGGAGAAAGCGCUUUGCUCAGGUACGUAAUGGGGUGGGAGUUCUGCAUUAACACUGCUCCAAUGCCUGUGCCGCUUGUGUCAGUCUCGACCACGAACUGUUUGGUAAAAUCUGGCAAAGCCAACACCGGGGCUUCAACUAGCGCUUGUUUGAGUGCCUGAAAGGCUGCGUCUGCGGUUGGAGUCCACACGAACAACGUAUUCUUCUUGAGAAGAUCUGUCAAUGGUUUGGAGAUAAUCCCAAAGUUUUUGACAAACUUCCUAUAGUAGCCGGCUAGACCAAGGAACCCUCUGAGUUGUUUGACUGUGUCAGGCACUGGCCACUCUUGUACUGUUUGAACUUUGCUUUUGUCGGUUGAAACCCCAUCUUUGCUCACGUAGUGCCCCAAGUAGUUGAUUGUUUGCUGAGCAAAUGAACACUUGGACAAUUUGACAUAGAAUUGAUGUUGUCUUAACAGUUGCAGAACUUGAGCCAGAAGAUCUCGGUGCUGCUCCAACGUUUUCGUGAAGACCAAGAUGUCGUCCAUGAAAACCACUACACCUUUGCGGUUGACCGGGGCUAACACAUUGUUCAUAUUUCCCAUGAAUGUAACUGGGGCGUAUGCCAGACCAUACGGCAUUACCUUGAACUGGAAAUGACCCAUGUGCGUCUUGAACGCAGUUUUAAACUCGUCCCCCGGCACCAGCCUGAUCUAGUGAUAUCCAGCCCGUAGGUCCAUCUUGGAGAACCAACAGGCCCCUGCCAGUUCGUCCAGGAGUUCCUCAAUGAUUGGCAUUGGGUAUGUGGCCUUUAGAGUGAUCGCGUUCAGGUGUCUGAAAUCCACACACAACCUCCAUGUUUGAUCUUUCUUUUUCACUAGCAAAACUGGCGACGCAAAUGGACUGGUACUGGCGGUAAUGAGCCCUUUGGCAAGCAGUUCCUUAACUUGAGCCUCAAUUUCGUCCUUCUGCUCUGGUGUGUAUCGAUAUGGUCUGAGAUUCACUGGUUUUGCUCCUGGUAGCAAGGGUAUGGCAUGGUCCCAUUCUCUGUGCGGUGGCAACUCUGUUGGCUCCCGAAAAAGGUCCUGGUACUCGUCCAAAACUUGCUGAAUAGUUGUUGGUACAGGAGUGAUUUCCACUUGUCCUUCACUUAUGCACAACAUCACCAUGUGUGCUACCGAGUCUUUUGCCUCUAGCUCUUGCAGCUCUGUCACUGAUACUGCUGCCACUGUUGAAGAAGCAGCUGUUAGACCCUGCAACAAAAUGCUCUUCC